AGAGCCUCCCGCGGCUCCUGCCCGGCUUCAAAGCGCCUAUAAAGGCGCUGCGGGCGGCGGCGCGCCGAGCUGGGCCGUGUCGAGCGGGGCGGCGCGGCGCCAUGGCCAACGCGUCGCAGUGCCUGGAGGAGGAGGAGGGCGCCGGGCGGUGGCCGCCGCGCUCGCCCGAGCCCUACAGCGAGGCGCAGCGGCUGGCGCUGGAGGAGCUGGUGGCGGGCGGCCCCGCGGCGCUGCGCGCCUUCCUGCGGCGGGAGCAGCUGCCGCCGUUCCUGUCGGAGCCCGAGGUGCAGGCCAUCGCGCGGGGCGCCGUGCCGCCCGCCGCCGCCGCGGAGGAGGGCGCGGGCGAGCCCUCGCUCGGCGCCUCGCUGGACGCCUCGUCGCUCACCUACUUCCCCGAGCGCUCGGACGUGGAGCCGCCGGCGCUGGAGCUGGGCUGGCCGGGCUUCGCCAGCGGCGCCUUCCGCGGGCUCACGCGGGUGGAGGCGCACUUCCAGCCGGGCUGCGGCGAGCGCCCCUACGGCUGCAAGGAGGCGGUGCGGCGGCAGAUCCGCUCCGCCCGCGAGAUGAUUGCCUUGGUUAUGGAUUCCUUCACAGAUACUGAUAUCUUCAAAGACCUCUUGGAAGCUUGUAGCCAGCGGCAAGUUAAAGUGUAUGUUCUUCUAGAUCAGUCUUCGUUUUCCCACUUUCUGAAAAUGUGCAAAGAUCUGGGAGUUGAUCUUGAACAGGAGAAGUUGAUGAGAAUUCGAAACAUCACUGGGAACAUGUACUACACAAGGUCAGGUGCCAAAAUUGUCGGAAAAGUCUGUGAAAAGUUCAUGUUGAUUGAUGGCAUUAGAGUGACAACAGGCUCGUACAGUUUUACAUGGACAGAUGGGAAGCUGAACAGCAGUAAUAUUUUGAUUCUGUCAGGCCCUGCAGUUGCACACUUUGACCUGGAAUUUCGGACUCUUUAUGCACGGUCAAAGCCUGUCAACUUCAAAGACUUAUCCAGCUGCAAGAAGAACAAAGUGUUGGACCAGCUGGUCAGGAUAACCGUGGCUUCCAGAGACUUUACCAGGGAAAAUUUUCUCAGAAUGGAGUUUUUGUACCUUAGAGCAUUUGUAGGAAAUCUAAAAAGGAAGCGAAGCUGGCUGCAUGCCUCAAGGGAGGCAGUCUGUGUGCCAAAUAACACAGUGCAUGCAUCUCCUCCGCUGACUAAUGGCUCCACAGUUAUGAGGCCAUACUGGAUUGUAGAGAGAUGAGUUGCACAUUCACUCCAUGUGAGAAGCAGAACCUCAGAAACCAUGUCCAAUGGUCCAUGUUCAGUAUUGUCUUACAAACCAAUGUGUUUGUGAGGGCAGUUGGGAAACAAACUUCAAAUUGCGAGAAAGUGAUACUGGCAUUGUGGUUUCAUUUGAAGAUCCCUAUAAUGCAGAUCAACAGAUGCAACCAUAGUCUUGCCUUAGGCUCAUAAGUAUUUUUGGGUUUUUUUUGUUUGUUUUUAAAUCUACUACCUGGAAAGCCAUUAUUGACUUCUGGUAUUCUGUCCGAUUUUAUUUUUCAACCUAUUUUCUUAAACGUUGUACUGGGUUAGCAAUAUCUUUGCUCAGUAGCUUAAACUUUUUUAAAGAAUCUAGAUAUAGAAAUUGUUUAAACAUCUUCUAAAGAUGGAGGACAGUCUUACUGCUCUAAAAUCGGUCUAAGCUUCUUCUUGUGUUCCACAAGCUCCCUGUAAACUGUUUUGUGACACUAUACUGUAAUGGAGUAACUGAAAUGUGCAAACUGGUAGACUGGGUACCAGGCUGGUAGGCCUCAAAUUAUAUGUUCUUCACACAAAGCCAUGCAGCUAAGCACAACAAGCUAAUAUGGCAGGCUAAUGAAGCUUUUGCCAUGACUGAAUUUCAACUUACUCUUUCUUUUUAAUUAUAAAAAUACUUGGAUUGUUGAAUAUCACAAUGAAUGCAGUAUAAAUCCUUGAAUGCAAGAGGUAACAUUACUCAGAAUCUACUAAGGCUUCUAUCUGAGCCGAAUGAGGCCGUUCUCUUGACAUUGCUCUGUUUUUUUGGUUUUUUUUUUUUUAAUGGCUGCUUCUGGUGUCUGACUGAUUUAUGGGAAAAGUUGAGUAGAUUUGAAAUCAGUGCAGAAGCUGCUACUUCUCAAAUGCCUUACUCUUGCUGGAUAGGCAAUAACAUAAAAGAACUAGAAUAAUUCAUUUUUAAGGUUUCGUGCAAGUUCAAAUGUUUUUUUUUUUGUUUUUAAGUCCUUCCUUUUCUGGAGCAAAAAAAAGCAAUGGAUAAAAAAUCCUCCCCAAAUAGUUGCACAGCAAUGCACUACAAUUGCAAUGUUCUACCAUAGCAGGAAACCCCUGUUAGCCCAACCACGAUGUGGAUGUUUAAACUUAGCUGGGGAAUUUCAUAAUGCUAAAUGUCAGCAGGACAUUGUUAAAUUGGAUAUGUUGUAUAGCUUGCCUAUCCUAUAUUACACAUUUGAAAACAAGAAAUGGUUUUUAUGUACAAUACUGCAAUAAAGUACUAAUUAGACUACAACUCAUCAGUCCUUUUCUUCUGCAUUUACAGUCAUGGAAAUGCAAUAGUUCUGAUUUUUCUAAUCUGUAAGUGUUCAAUAGUGUACAGUUCAACAGUCUUAUUCUCGUGUAAAGAAUUUUGAAAUAUGAAUUUUUGUGUUUAGGGAAAACAGUUAAAAAUAAGAAUAAAAAAUAGUCUCACUGGUAAUGUUAUACUCUACAAUAAAAUGUUUGUGGUGUCUUAUUUUCACA